GUCAUCCUGCCUAAGGUCGAACCAUGAGGGUUAUAUAAUCACUUAUAGCUCGUUAGAGAGUUUAGCAAUCCAUCACAUUUUUUCUUCGUCAUUCAAAUCGUAGCUCAUGGAUAAAUCGGUAUCCUUCUUCAAUCAUCCUCCACCGUCACAUCACAUUCCUCCAAAUAUGGCUUAUGUAAACAACGUACUAGCCGCUCAAAACGAUGCCAUUUACAGAAGACAUUGCAAUUUUACAAAUUUGCCGCUCCAACAGCUUCGUCACGCAUCUCGAGAAGACGCCAUACUUCGUGAUGAACUGAGAGAAACUCGUAGGAGAUUGACAAUGAUGGAGAGAAGAAUUGAGGAGUUUGAGAAUCAGGUACACCCCAAUAAAACAAGGCAACACUCCAAUUUGAAACGAGGAUAUGAAUCUGCAUUACACGAGAGCUCCGUUCAGAACAUGAGACCACAGCACCCACUUUCGCAGGUCCCUACAGACAAGCCAGAACCCGAUCUUUCGUCUUGGCUCAUACAGCAGAGGCAAAAUUGCGAGCUAUGGAAUCAAAAUUUUGCUCUGAAAGAAUGUCUCAGAAAUAUCGAGUUGGAAAAUAGCGUGCUCAGAGAGAUGUGUCGUCAGAAAGAGAUAAACAUUUCCUUGCUGGAAAAGAAAACACGAGAGCUGAGGAGCGAUCUUAGUUUUUAUUCCGACUUAAGACAUGAUACAAAAGAAGUAACGCAAGCUUUUAAUUUCAAGCCACUAAAGAAGGAGGAAGCGAAAUCCUACAAAUGCACUUGCGGGCAGUGCUGAAACUCUACAGCUUUUUUGAUUCUGUACAUUAUGAGCAAUUUCACUCUCUUUGUGAU